GUUAUUAGUCUCUACAGUGAGGUGCUCGAAGCGAAGGUAAAAAGGAAAAAAGAAAAGAGAAAGAAAACAGACCAAAAAAGGCGGGCCUAAGUUUUGUGAUUCGUUUGGAUGAAGAUAAAAGGAGGGUGAAGAGAAGAGAAAGAGGAACUAGGGUUGACUGUGGAGACACCAGAGAAAUGGGACGGAAGAAGAUCGAGGUGAAGCGAAUCGAAGAUAGGUGUAAUCGCCAUGUGACUUUCUGCAAGAGAAGAGCUGGAUUGAUAAAGAAGGCCCGAGAGCUCUCUGUUCUGUGCGACGUUGAAGUCGGACUUGUCAUCUUCACCAACCGCGGCCGCCUCUAUGAGUUUUGCAGCGGAAACAGCCUAUCGAAUGUUAUUAAGCGCUAUCAAAGCCACCUUGAAGGGAGAAAUGAAAAUCUAGUUGACAAUGAUACGAAAGACCAUGAAUCUGAUGAGACAAUCUUGGUUUCACUUGGAAAACUCCUACAAACUAUUCAAAGUCAGGUUGUGGAACCAAAUUUCAAGAAGCUGAAUGCAAUUGAUUUGCUGCAAUUGGAGAACCAACUUCAAGCCACACUUCACAAAAUCAAAUAUCAAAGAAUUGAGGCAAUGAUGGAAGAUGACUGUUGGACAGACCACAUGGAAAUGGCUAUAGGUAUGGUCAACAGCCAGUCAUUUAAUGAGUGAAAUUCCACAAACAAUACUGUGUCUGAUGUUAUAGUCCGAAAUAAAACAAUAGAACGUAACUGUAAGAAUUCCUUAACACCCUGCUAACCUGCACAAGCGAAUGUGCAUACUAUAUAAUGUCUGAUUAUAACAGUUGUAGUAUGCAUAAUUAUCAGGGUCUAUAAAUGAGCCAUGCAGCAAACACUUAUUUGAUGCUCUUCUACCAACCGUCAGCCUUAUUAU